CGCAUUUGAGGCGAAAAGCGUGUGUUUUCGCGGGAAAUGCGCCACCAAUAUCGUGUCAUUCGCAUCGCGUCUUUGCACUGACUUUGUAUGUAAUCUACUCGCGCGAAUCGUUAAAUUUGUGUCUGGUGUAAACCCACAGUAAACCUAUUCCUGUCUCAGGGUUUCCUGCCAUCAUUGUUGGUAUCUCACUGGGUUCCACUUACACAGUUGAAGAUCCUUUAGGUUAUCGACAAGAAGAGUGUUGCUGGUUGGCUUCCUUGGACCCCAAACAGAGUUUCAAUAUGAGGAAGCCAAUGUUCUGGGGAUUUCUGCUUCCCUUGUUUAUCAUGCUGAUCUUCAACAUGGCAAUAUUUCUGCAUUUCUCUCAGAACAUCUGCAAGACCGUCCCUAAUUUAGUCCGUUUGCAGCAAACUCCUUUAAAGAAGAAGUUUCUGAGUAGUUUUUCUAUGGCUGUGAUGCUUGGUCUAUCGUGGGUCACUGGUUACAUUUUGCUUUUCACCCAAGACCCAAUUCUUCAACUUAUCCUGAGCAUAGUUUUUUGUAUGUGCAACACAACACAGGGCAUACAAAUAUUUAUUUUAUUUACUCUGAGAUCCGUAAUAAACUCAAAUCCAGGUAUUCUCAAUGCCAUGAAUUCACCCAACAUUGGCAUUCACAGGAAAGUGUUCUUCCUAUGGAAAGUUAAUGGAGAAGAAAACAUUGAAAUCUACACACGCACUGAUACUGACUUCACUGAGAUGUCUCAGGUCAUCACUGAGCUGAAGUAGAUCAUUGGAGGUUGUGCUGAUCACAUCAUAUCAGUAUAAAGGCACAACAUGAAGUGAAUCUCUGUGAAAGACCUCCUUAAAUGGAUGCUGAGAAAGGGGGAUAAAACUUGAAUUAUGGUCGAUGCAUG